AGAGAGAAAUUUUUACUAUAUAACGAUUUCAUUGUUAGCACCUUUAGCACGUAUCUUUAGGAUCACUAAUCUGACGGCCGAGUAGACACACUCACGGCAUAGACAUUUUACAAUUCUAGAAAACAAACGGCGGUUUAAAGUCCGGUGUGUUUGAAUAGUAGUGUUGCAUAGUCUUCCGAACCAGCGACACUCUGCGAAGAGGAGCAAAUAUGGCGACGGAAUUGGAAGAAUUGCUGGGCUUUUUAUCAUCUCCUUCUCCUCCUGUGAAGAAGGCAGCUGUGGAUAUUGUUCGGGGAUUGACUGGCUCUGAGGAUGGCUUGCAAUCCCUUUCCAACUACUCCGGUAUUGCGCUGCCGUCGUUGUCUUGCCUUUUGGGUGAGAAGAAGGAGGUGUCAGAACCCGCAGCGGAAGCUCUAAUAAAUCUUUCACAAAAUUCAGAUUCAGCUGCAAAGAUGGUUGAUAUGGGAAUAAUCAAGACAGCUAUGGAUUUGUUAUACAAGCAAGAGCCUGGCAUUACUAGAUUGCUGGUUAUGCUGCUCGUUAAUCUCACACAGUUGGAUUCUGGAAUUGAUUCCCUGCUUCAGAGUGGAGAAGAGAAGAUGCAUGGCCUGUAUGUCAUGAAGCUCGUGAGAUCAUUCUGUACAUCGUCUAAUGAAAAAAAUGGUGAUCCUUUUGAACAUGUUGGUUCCAUAUUGGUAAAUAUUUCAAAAAGAGAAACAGGAAGGAAACUUUUAUUGGAUCCUAAGCGAGGACUUCUGAAGCAAAUUAUUAGGCAAUUUGAUUCAACAAGUCCAUUACGGAAGAAGGGGGUAUCUGGAACUAUUCGUAACUGCUGUUUUGAAGCUGAGAAUCAGAUACAGAAUUUGCUUUUGAUAUCAGAGUUUCUUUGGCCAGCUCUACUAUUGCCAGUUGCUGGCAACAAGAUUUAUAGUGAACAGGACAUUUCAAAAAUGCCACUCGAGCUUGGGAGUGCACUCUCAAUUGAGCGUGAACCAGUUGGUGAUCCUGAAAUUUGCGUGCAAGCACUGGAGGCUAUUUACUUGCUCUCAUUACAGGAGGCAGGUCGGAGAGCUCUUUGGUCAGUCAAUGGACCGCGGAUAUUACAAGUGGGGUAUGAAGAUGAGGAAGACCCAAAAGUGAUGGCAGCAUAUGAGCAAAUUGGCUCCUUGCUGGUACACGGCAGUGACUCCGGAGAGGGUUCCACUGAGACAAAGUAACGACAAUCAUGUUCCGUGUUUAUUUAUAAUUUGACAAGGUCUACACGAGUUCAAUGCUGGUUUUGCGAAGCCGUCAUUGUGAAAGUCAAAAGCUUUGGGUUUUCAGAUUAGAUGGCGAUAUCCGAUCAUCUUUUGUUCUUCAUUCUCAUCCCUUUCAGGUUUAACCAUUAAACCUGGCACAGUAACUUCUUGAGUUAGUUACUAUAUUGAUUUAUGAUCUGCAUUCGAUAUGGAUCAUAUCCGGAUUGAAUUUUGUUAAAGAAUGUGUACUGCUAUGGAUGCUCAAGGAAUUAUCCCUAAUGUUGUUGCUCUAUAAAAAUAUCUGCCUUUUUUCUUUUA